AAGAUAAGAAGAAGAAAGAAAGAAGAAGAUUAGCUAAUAGUUUUGACUUUUGACGUUUUGGGUGCCUUGACUUUUAAGAAUUCAAUUUUAACUAAAUUGAAGUUUGAAAGUUCUCUGGAAGCUGCAGGAAGCCAACUGAAAACCAAAUAAAACACCCCAAGAUAACUGCACUUGAUCAAAGUUCACAAUCAGUUAUUCGCGCUCAGCGUUCAACAGAACAUAUUUUUCAAUUUGAAAUACUCAACAACCUGCUUGGACAUGGCCAAAAAAACCGCUUUAUUCAUUGUAGCAGAAGGCAGUGAAGAGCUUGAAUUAGUUGCACCUGUUGAUAUCCUUCGCCGUGCUAAUGUGAUUGUUACAAUUGCUGAUUUAGCUGAUUCUGAAUAUGUUAAGACUAAAUCUAAUCUACUGAUUAAAACUGAUGCUAAGUUGGGAGAUAUAAAAAAUAACAAAUUUGAUGCAGUUGUUAUACCUGGUGGUCCAUCACACAAAACCUUAGCUUCGGCUGAUAUAGUUGGUCAAAUUUUACUUGAACACGAAAAAUCUGGUAAAGUUAUUGCUGCUAUUUGUGCUGCCCCAUUUGUGUUAUUCAAACAUGGAAUUGCAAAAGGAAAAUCAUUGACAUCUUAUCCAACUGUUAAAAGUGACAUUGAGGGUUAUUACCAAUACAAAGAAGAUAGUACAGUAGUUGAUGGAAAUCUGGUGACCAGUCGUGGACCUGCUACAGCUGUUGAAUUUGGAUUAACUCUAGUAGAAGUAUUACUUGGUAAUGAAGAAAAAGUUAAAGUAGCUAAAGGUAUUCUUUAUCCUCUUUAAAAUAAGAUUGUUUUUUCUAAUACCUAUACAAAAACAAUUUAUAAACCAUAGAAAUAUUUAGAAAAUGAGUG